GGCUGUUAGUCAUUUGAGUUCGUUCGGUUGGUGAACAGCAAUACAGAACACAGCAAAACAGUACAGAGAACGCGAUAGGCGACGUCGCGAGAACGCAACUGCACCGCACCGCACCGCACCAAACAAGAAAAAAAACCAAAACUAAUAAUUUAGAUUAUUUUUUGCGGUAGUUCCGAAGUACGCCAACAACCACGAAAGGAACCUCAAACCGCCAACAACAACAACAAUUAAAUCAGAUCACGAUCACGAUGUGCCUUUCAACGCCCACGCCCCCAAAGAGUGGACAGAGCAACGGCACUUGUUGCCUCACUCCCGAAGCCAUGUGCAGCAAUGCAACCAACAACAACAACAAUAAUGACAACAGCAACAACAACAAUAAUAAUAACAAUACGGAUCAAACUGAUACUCAGCUGAAACACAGAAGCCAUGCCACAGAUGCUAAACAAAACAAAACCAAAGAACAAGCCGAUACAGAUGAUAAUUUGGGCUACAAAGAGGAGAACGCAGUGUACAAAGAGUACGCCGACAAGGCUCAGCAAAUCGCCAAGGAGGCUGAACAGAAGAAAGAAGAGGUGGAAGAGGAAUACCAUCCGCAGAUCAGAUGGCCCGAUCUUGGGGCACAAACCUUUUUGCACGUUGGCGCCCUCUAUGGUGCUUAUCUGCUAUUCUACGCCAAGUUCUACACAUUCCUUUGGGCUGCCGUCUUAAUUUUUGUCUCGGGAAUUGGCAUUACGGCUGGAGCACAUCGUCUGUGGUCGCACAAGUCUUACAAUGCAUCGCUGCCACUGCGCAUUGUCUUGGCCUUCAUGUUCUCCAUUGCGGGACAGCGCGAUGCUUAUACCUGGGCCCUGGAUCAUAGAAUACAUCACAAAUUCUCCGAGACGGAUGCCGAUCCGCACAACGUGAAUCGCGGCUUCUUCUUUGCCCACGUUGGCUGGCUGUUUCUCACGCCGCAUCCCAAGGUGAUUGCCAAGCGCAAGGUGAUCGAUAUGUCCGAUCUGGAAGCCGAUGCGGUUGUCAUGUUCCAACGCAAAUAUUAUAUACCGCUCUUUGCGCUCUGCUCGAUCAUCUUGCCCGUGGUAGUGCCCUGGUAUUUCUGGCAGGAGGAUCUCUGGAUGUCUUUCUGGAUCAACUUCACUAUGCGUUUUACCUGGACUCUGAAUGUGGCUUUCUUUGUGAACAGCGUGGCGCAUAUGUACGGCAACAAACCAUACGACAAAAACAUCUCAUCCGUCGAAGUGCCAGUUGUUUCGUUCCUCGCCAUGGGCGAGGGCUGGCACAACUAUCAUCAUGUGUUCCCCUGGGACUACAAGACCGGCGAGUUCGGCAACUACACGCUGAACAUCACCACCGGCUUCAUUGACUUGUGUGCACGCCUCGGCUUGGCCAGCGGACGCAAAUCGGUGUCUCCUGACAUGGUGAAGCGUCGUGCCGCCAAGUGUGGAGAUGGCUCGCGUUUCCUCAGCGAUGAGUACGCCCACAAGAAUCAGGUCUGGGGCUUUGGGGAUCGCGAUCUGCCAUGCGAGGAUAUUGUGGAACUGGCCAAGAUGCAGAAUUAGUAUUAAUCGUUGUAUUAAACAAAAGCCUGUGUUUUACGUAGACUCAUAAGUUAUAGUAUACUAUAUUUAAUCGCACGUACCAAGCAACUCUGCACCACUGUUCGCCUUAUGUCGUUGCUACAUUGUUACUUACCCCAGGGCAUUAAACUAUUCUAUUUAACAAACA